AUGGGAAGACAUCUUUUUCUUCAUAUUGUUGAUGCACUUUCAAAUCAUGAUCCAUACUUUCAACAAAGGGUUGAUGCAUUGGGAAGAAAAGGUCUUUCACCUAUACAAAAAUGCAAUGCCGUCAUGCGUAUGUUGGCGUAUGAAGUAUCUGCCAACGUUGUUCAUGACUAUGUGCGUAUUAGCGAGUCGACUGCGGUUGAAUGUUUGAAAAGAUUUGUCACAAAUGUUAUUGUGAUAUUUGAGGGUGAAUACUUACGAAAAUCAAACUCGAAUGAUAUACACCGUCUACUCGAAAUGGGAGAGGCUCGUGGUUUUCAGGGUAUUGAUUUUCCAAAAUGUGGAAAGGGAUGUUCAUGA